CGGCAAAUCGAGUGAAAUAAAUCUUUUGACAGAAGAAAAGUUCAUGCUGGAGUUCUGAAACAGCUUUAGAAAGCCACAUGAAGUCCAAACUGAACAUGGAAACUCUGACCAAGCCAGAGCUGCUGAUGCUUUUCAGCACACUGGAGGGAGAGCUGGAGGCACGGGACGUCGUCAUUGAAGCCCUAAAGGCCCAGUGUAAAGAGCUGUUCAUCCAGGAGCGGUAUGCAAAGUACAACCUCAGUGACCCCUUCCAGGCUCUGCAGAGAGAUAGUGAAAUUGUAGGGGGUUCCAACAAGGAGGCAGGCUGUGCAUCUUCAACCAACCCUCUGGUGGUUCUCAAACUGGUAGUGAGCCACUGCAGGAGGAUGCAGGAGAAGAUGCUGGCCCAACUGGCUGCAGCCGAAAGCCGACACAGGAGGGUAAUUGCAGACCUGGAGGAGGAAAAGAGGAGGCAUGCCGAGGACACAGCCGAGGGAGAUGAUGUCACUUAUGUCCUUGAAAAAGAGAGGGAGCGCCUACAACAACAGCUUGAAUUUGAGCGGAGCCAGGUUCGCCGGCUGGAAAAAGAGCAGCGACGGAUUACUGAGCAGCUGGAGGAAGAACGGGCUCAGCACAAACAGCUCUCCUGCGCCUUGGCCAAAGAGUGCAAGUGGGCGAGCUCUCGGGCUCUAGAGGAGGGUCACCGGCUGACAGAACUGAACCGUAGACUUGAUAAGGAAAGAGAGGCCUCUCAAGCUUUGAGGAAAGAGCUGGAAGAGGAGAGGACACGAGCUUUGAGGAUGGAGGCCAGCGUGGAGGAGCAGCUGGCUGAGUUCGACACUGAACGUGAACAGCUUCGCUCACGUUUGAAGAAGGAAGAAGCUCACUGCUCUCAGCUCCAACGACAGGUGGAGGAGCUGAAGGGGAAACUGGAGGAGGCCUACACAGCGAAAGAUAUGAGAGGAACCAAUGUAUUUCCAGUGACAGGCAAAGAGUGGGCUACAAGAGUUUUACCAGGAAGCCUAUCGGUGGACAAUGUUAAGUUUGAGGUCACUGAUGAAGACUGCACCAACCAACAUGUUCAGCCACAAGUCAAUGGCCACCUUUGUCCAGUGGAGACCAAUGGGUCUCUUGGUUCAAACAGUGUACUCUCAGAGAAAAUGCUCUUUCAAAAUGAAAACGAGACCCCAACGUUGUUCUCCUUCUGCAGUACAUCGCUCUCAACUCAAACUCAUUCUUCUUCCUGCGUUUCUCCCGAUCUAAUGAAACCUCCCACAAGCCAUCAGUCUCCAUACCAGGCUGGGCUCAAUCAGCGGUUCCACGCUGCACGACACAAGUUCCAGGGUAGUUUGGAUGCAGAACCACAGAACCAGGCUGCACCACCUGCUCCCCCCCUCUCACCGAAGGACCUCUCUCCUGGGAGCAGCAGCUCCUCUUCAGAGGCCAACCCAGUGAAGCAGAUGGCCCGCAGCACGGUCACUCAAGUCCUGUCUCGUUUCACCACCGUCCAGCAGAGCACCACAACAAAGCUGACCGCACCCAAUAACUCCCCCUUUGGCACAGAUUACCGCAGCCUGGCAGCACCUUUGUCUCCGGUCAUUGGAAGGGCUGCAGGGGCUAUCCUCCAGGGGAUCAGAUCACCCACCUUCAACAGGGCAGACAGAGGCAACCCUCCACCCAUCCCACCAAAGAAGCCAGGUCUAGCUCAAGCCCCUCUGUCCCCAGCAUCAGUCCCCAAAUCUGCCAGCCAUUUCUCAGACAGCCCCCUGUCAGGCAGCUGUGGACUCAGCUCUGCCCAAGAAGGUGUCAAAGAACUGGACAUGGUAGUUUCAUCAAAUUAA